ACUUCUUCGUUCCCAGGGCAAAUCUGGGGCGGCAAGUAUUAGUGUCUCCAUUGCGCUGCUGCCCAGGAGAUAGAAGGCUGAGCCCCGCGCAGAGUUCAGGCUGACUGGGUCCUGGGCCCAGCGAGAAGCUGCCGCUGCCCGGAUGUUGCGAUGGCUGAUCGGGGGAGGCCGAGAACCUCAGGGACUGGCCGAGAAAUCUCCCUUACAGACAAUAGGUGAAGAACAAACCCAGAAUCCCUACACUGAACUGCUUGUACUGAAAGCUCAUCAUGAUAUUGUACGGUUUCUGGUACAGUUAGAUGAAUACAGGUUUGCAUCUGCUGGUGAUGAUGGAAUUGUAGUUGUGUGGAAUGCCCAGACAGGAGAAAAACUUCUGGAACUUAAUGGGCACACUCAGAAGAUUACAGCCAUUAUUACAUUUCCUUCCUUGGAAGUUUGUGAAGAAAAGAAUCAACUGAUCUUGACAGCCUCUGCUGAUAGAACAGUUAUUGUAUGGGAUUGUGAUACUGGCAGACAAGUUCAGAAAGUAUCAUGCUUCCAGUCUACUGUAAAGUGCUUAAUUGUUCUUCAGAGACUAGAUAUUUGGCUCUCUGGUGGGAAUGACCUAUGUGUGUGGAACCGAAAAUUAGAUCUCUUAUGUAAGACCAGCCACCUUUCUGAUACAGGGAUCAGUGCUUUGAUUGAAAUACCUAAGAACUGUGUUGUGGCAGCAGUUGGCAAAGAACUGAUAAUUUUCAGGUUGGUAACACCAACAGGAGAAUCACUGGAAUGGGAUAUUCUUGAAAUUAAGCGCCUCCUUGAUCACCAGGAUAAUAUUCUCUCCUUGGUUAAUGUCAAUGAUUUGAGUUUUGUAACUGGCUCCCAUGUUGGAGAAAUGAUCAUCUGGAAUAUUCUGGACUGGACAGUGCAGGCCCGUGAAUGCAACUUCUGGGACCCAUCUCCACAGCUGGACACCCAACAAGAAAUAAAACUCUGUCAAAAACCUAAUGACAUUUCUAUUCAUCACUUCACAUGGGAUGAAGAGAAUGUAUUUGCUGCCGUUGGAAGGGGUUUAUAUGUGUAUAACCUUCAAAUGAAGCGUGUGAUUGCUUGCCAGAAAACUGCCCAUGACUCCAGUGUCCUGCACAUUGCCAAACUUCCAAACAGGCAGUUAAUCUCAUGCUCGGAAGAUGGCAGUGUACGCAUUUGGGAGUUAAGAGAAAAACAGCAGCUUGCAGCUGAACCUGUACCAACAGGUUUUUUUAACAUGUGGGGAUUUGGAAGAGUAAACAAACAAGCCAGCCAACCUGUUAAAAAGCAACAGGAAAAUGCCCCUCCGUGUUCAUUGGAGCUUAUUGGAGAUUUGAUUGGACACUCCUCAUCUGUGGAGAUGUUUCUGUACUUUGAAGAUCAUGGACUAGUGACUUGUUCUGCUGAUCAUCUCAUUAUUUUGUGGAAAAAUGGAGAAAGAGAAUCUGGAUUGCGCAGUUUAAAAUUAUUUCAAAAACUGGAGGAGAAUGGUGACUUACAUCUUGCUGUGUAG